AUGUUUGCUUCACCAGACGAUCGUACCACAGUUGAUACUAUUCGCGAAUGGAUGGGUGACUUUCGGAAUGUUCAUCCUGUAGCCAAGUUAGCUGCUCGUUUAGGACAAUUAUUUUCAGCCAGCAGUAAAGGUAUUCAAUUGGAAAGUCAUCAAAUAAAGGAAAUAUCAGAUGAGAAAAGAUGCACAACAGAAAUAAAUGGUAUUCAUGAAUAUUGUUUCACAGAUGGUAUUGGCAUUAUUUCUCUUCCAUUCGCCAAAAGACUAGCUAGAACCAUGAAAUUACCUGAAGCAGUUUGUCCAUGUGCAUUUCAAAUUCGUUGCGGUGGCUAUAAAGGUAAUAUUCUGUCUUGA